AUGUUGCCCACCGCCACCACUCAGCAACACUCGGCAACAUUCAUUUCAGCACACUCAAGCGGAGCGGUUCGUUCGUUUUUCAGCGCUCUCUGGCUCGGCUGGCUGGCUCGUUUCGUUUUGUCGUUUUUUUUCGAUUCGAAUCGCUUUUGUGUGUCUCGCCCACCAAAAACCACCAAUAAGUAACAUACAAAAAAUCAAAUAAAAAAAACGGGAAAAAAAAAUACUACUACAACCGACUACUGCUCGAGAGGCACAACACACUCGAAAAUUAUACAAAUCGUAAAGCUUGAACGGCAUGUGGAGCACUACUGUGUGUGGCAACAAAGAGAUUUGUUGAUUUUUAAGUAGUUCAAAUGAAAAAUUUAUAACCACGAAAAGUUGAGCAAUUUUCUAUCACAAAAUAUCUCUAAAAUAAUACAAAAAAAAAAUAUAUACAUAUAUAUUUUUCGAAAGUCAAAUACAAAGGUGUGUGAGUGAAAAAAAAAAAAGAAAACAAAAAAGUGUUUGUUGAAUAUUUUGAGAAAUAAUUAAAGAUUUCAAGAUAAAGAGUAAAAUGUUUGAGCCUUAUGUGAAAAUUAAGAAAAAGCGAAAUGUGCACGAAAUCUAUGAAAAUGAGAAUUUAGAGCAGCAACAGCAGCAACAGCAGCAGCAGCAACAACAGCAACAGCAAUCUGCCACAAGCGAUAAUUGUUGCUGCCAAAACGGAGAGCCGCAGAAUGUGGCCAACAGUUCGCUGAGCAGCAUUUUGGCCACGCCGCCAGAAUCGCCACCAGCACCAGGAAUAGCAACUGCAACAUCUGCAGCAGCAGCAGCAGCAGCAGCAACAGGAGCAACGGCCAGUAGCAGUAGUAGCGGCAAUUGUAGUCGCCUUCAGCAAUUGAUAUCGACGCCACCAGUAUUAUUGCGCAGAUCAUCGCUGCAACAGCAACAUCAACAAGCAGCAGCAGCAACACCACCCACACAUCAACAAGCUGCGCCUUCAGUUUUGCAACAGCAUUUGGGUCACCUGAAUUACGAAAGUGGAGCAUCAACUGCAACUGCAGCAGUAGCAGCAACAGCAACAGCAACGGUAGCAGCAAAUAGUAGAAGUGGCUCGGCAACACUGGCACACCAUUUGGCAACACCCAGCAACAUAUUGCAGGCUGCAUUCGGGAGCAGCAACUUGCAACACAUACUGACACGCUCGCAAAGUUCCUCACCCUCGUCCACCGGUGCGAUAUCCUCCAACAAUUGCAGCAGUGCCUGUGCCGGGAAUACGCACUACAACGGUGGCAGCAGCUCUAGUUCCAGCAAUAGCAUCAUUGCCAGCCGACUGUUUGGAGCUGCCUCCUCCUCAUCAUCAUCCUCCUCCUCCUCAGUUGCUGCCUCAUCCUCGUCGUCAUCAUCGCCGUCGCAUCAUCUGCAUAGCCACCACUCGGCACUGACCAACUCGAUAACGAAUCGCAUCAACCAGUCGAUUAGGAGGCAUCUGAACCAGCAGCAGCACCACCAUCCCCUCAGCGCCAGUUCCUCCAGCUCCUCCUCCUCUUUGUCCUCUUCAUCCUCCUCCUCUUUGUCCUCUUCAUCCUCCAACUCCAACUCCUCUCCAUCAGUGGCCCACUAUCAACACUAUAAUUGCGCGCAUCCUGCCCAGCAGCAACCUCAUCAUCACAACAGCAGCAGUAGCAGUAGUAGCAGCAACAACAAUAGUAGCAACAUCAACAACAACAACAACAACAACAAUCAACAACAACCACAACAAUCUCCUCUGUGCCUAGUAUUAUUAGUUAAAUGCCCCAAUUCUAAGGAAUUUUGUAACGCCGCCGCAAAUUUCUGUGAUAAAAGAUUGCCGGUGAACGAAUGUCAGGCAAGCCAAACAGCUAGAGUCACCUCGAACCUGCACGCAUCCAGUAGCACCAUGGCGGUCAGCCGUGUUCCCUCGCCGCCCUUGCCGGAAGUUAAUACGCCAGUCGCCGAGAACUGGUGUUAUACGCAGGUCAAAGUGGUUAAGUUUAGUUAUAUGUGGACCAUAAAUAACUUUAGUUUUUGUCGGGAGGAGAUGGGUGAGGUACUCAAGUCGUCCACAUUCUCAGCCGGUGCUAAUGACAAACUGAAAUGGUGUUUACGGGUUAAUCCCAAAGGCCUCGAUGAGGAGAGCAAGGAUUACUUAUCUUUAUAUCUAUUGUUAGUUUCUUGUAAUAAAUCAGAAGUCAGAGCCAAGUUCAAAUUUUCCAUACUGAAUGCCAAGCGUGAGGAAACAAAAGCCAUGGAAUCCCAAAGAGCUUACCGUUUUGUUCAGGGCAAAGAUUGGGGCUUCAAGAAGUUCAUUCGUCGCGACUUCCUGCUGGACGAGGCCAACGGCCUGCUGCCGGAGGACAAGCUGACCAUCUUCUGUGAGGUCAGCGUUGUGGCGGAUAGCGUCAACAUCUCCGGGCAAUCCAAUAUCGUGCAAUUCAAAGUGCCCGAGUGCAAGCUAUCCGAGGAUCUCGGCAAUCUCUUCGACAAUGAGAAGUUUAGCGACGUAACGCUCUCGGUGGGCGGACGUGAAUUCCAAGCGCACAAGGCCAUACUGGCAGCGCGCAGCGAUGUCUUUGCGGCCAUGUUUGAGCAUGAGAUGGAGGAGCGAAAGUUGAAUCGUGUCGCCAUAACCGAUGUGGAUCAUGAGGUUCUUAAAGAAAUGCUGCGAUUCAUAUACACGGGCAAGGCGCCCAAUUUAGAAAAAAUGGCUGAUGAUCUCCUAGCGGCUGCUGAUAAGUAUGCACUUGAAAAGCUGAAAGUGAUGUGCGAGGAGGCGCUGUGCGUCAAUCUCUCUGUUGAAACGGCAGCCGAAACUUUAAUAUUAGCUGAUCUCCACAGUGCGGAUCAAUUGAAAGCACAAACGAUAGAUUUCAUAAAUACUCAUGCCACCGAUGUUAUGGAAACCUCUGGAUGGCAAAAUAUGAUCACAACACAUUCACAUUUGAUAGCGGAGGCAUUUCGUGCGCUCGCAACCCAACAAAUCCCACCAAUUGGACCACCUAGGAAACGUGUGAAGAUGAGCUGAAACAACAGUGUACCCACAAUAACACCAACACCAACACCCACACCCACACCCACACCCACACCAAUACCAAUAGCAACAGAAACAACAAGAAAAAGAACAACAACAACAACAACAAAGAAACGUAGUACACCAAGAAAAAAAAAGUGCAAGAAGAGCAACAACAGCAAUCCACAUAAAAAUGGCAAUAUUAAAAAAAAUAUGCAAAAAUGGAAACGUGUUGAACUUUUAAUAAAACAAAUGAAAGCUGACCUCAAGAAGGUAUGCGGUGAAUCUACAACAACAACAACAACAGCAACAAUUAUUAAUUAUAUCAAUGAUAAUAACACCAACAACAAGAGCAGGAAAACAAAACAAAAACCGAAAAAUGAUUUCCAUUUAUUGUUUCGAUUUGAAGUAAUUUAAAAUGAUUUCUUUAAAGUUUAAACAAAAAAAAAAAAAAACAAACAGAACAGAACAGAAGAAGAAGAAAAAAAAACUUGAUUUUAAAUGUAUUUUUAUUUUAAUUUUGUUGAUUUAUGAUUAUGUAUGAUUAAUAUGUUUACGAGUAAUAAUAAUUAAUUAAAUCUAAUGUUAAGUCCAAAACUUCAAACAAAAAACUAAAAACAGCAAUGAAAAACAACACAAAAGUAAUAAGGUUUAAAAAUUAAAUGAAAGGAAAAACAACAACAAAAAACAGAGCAUUAAAAGCAAACCAAGUAAAAAUAAAUUAAAUUUAAAAUUAAAAAUAAAACCGAAGGCAUAAAAUAUACAAAACAAAAAAUAAAAAAAAAUUUCACUGAGAAAAAGCAACUAUUAUUAUUAUUAUAAUUAUAACGAUUAUGAUUACCGAUUACCGAUUAACGAUUAUUCGAUAUAUCGUUUAUCGAUUACCGCGUAUAAUUACAAAGCGUACACUUUGAUUGUGAUGUAUAUUCGAUGAGUAUGACUAUGAGUAAAUGAGUAAUGCAUAAUGAUACGGAUAUGAUAAUGAAGUUGAUUUAUAUAUUGUGUAUAUGUAAACUCGGAACAAUUUUCAAUGCAUUCAAGGUUCAAUUGCCCUCGUCGUCACCCACCAAGAAGAACCCCCUAGCUCUCCUUUCCACAUUAUUCUUAUAUUUUUCUGUUUAUUUGUUCAAAAAAGAGUGCUGAUCCACUUUUUAAUUUAAAAAUUUAAUCUUAAAUUAAUUGAAAACCAAGUUCUCAAUUGUACCACCGCCGUAAUCCACUUAUCCUUUCCCUUUUUUAUCCCCAAAUAACUAUCUUAACUAUCUAACUAUUUUAUAAUUUUAAUUUGCCCUUUUUUAAUUUCAUCUUUUUUAAGUAUUCGAAACUAGGUAUUUUUUUCUCUCUUUGUUUAAGCGCAAAUGUAAUUAAUUUGUUGUACAAAACUUAAAAAAAAAAAAACAAAAAACAUUGUCGAAAUAAAAGCAAAAAGUAGCAAUUUGUGUAUAGUAAGCAGAUAAAAAUUGAAACAAAAAAACAAAAAAAAAACCACAAACAUAAAAUGCAUCAAUUCAUUUUUUGUAGAGAAAUGGGACAAGUCGCUUGGGUAGUUAGUGGGUGGGAUGGUGGUGGUUUCUCUCUUCAGACCGAUUCUGAGCUUUUCGAAUGAAAGAUAAAAUAUAAAAAAAAGACGAGUAAAGUAAACGUGAUACCAGUAUAUCUAAUAACUAUUUAAAUAAAACGAAAAGCGCCAGCGCAAAGACGAACAUUUUUAUACGCAGGAUGGUAGAAUGAUUGGAGGAGUAAACCGAACUUAAACUUGGUGUGUAUGUACAAUUCAGGUAUUCAGAGAACAUGAAUAAGGGGGGAUUUUUGAGAAAAAAAGUUAAGAGCAGAAUGAAACAUAAACGAUAGUAUUUCCAUUCUAUAUGUGUACUUCCGAUUGGCUUCGCAUGUGUAAAUAAAUUAGCCUUAGUCGCUGCGAUCUAAUUUCGUUUCGAGUGCACAAUUAACUAGUUACAAGUCCAAAUGCUUUAAAUAUGUACUGUGCGUGUGAAUAGUAUUUAGGAUGGGACAGUUUAGGACAGAGCUGCAAGUGAGAAUCAACCACAAGGAUGGGAUAGGAUAGGAUGACCAGAAAAGAUCAUUUUAUUAUUUUGGCAUGCUUUUCUCCGAGCUUCAGUCACCAUUAUUUUGCCUCCACCUAUAUCCAAUAUCCAAUAUCCUAUUCUAAUUAAAUCACGGUCAUCCUGGGUCGACUGUUGAGUCCUCUGAAUAAUGACAUGAAAACUAGCUAUCUAAAAUGUGUAUCUAGUCGACCGACAACUUUUAUGCAUGCCAAUCUAAAUGUGUAGAAUUUGACAACAAUAAAAAAAGUGAAAAUAACAAGUGCAAGAAUCCUUGCACAUUAGUGGGCAAUCCAGCGACAACAACACACAUUUUUAAAAAGCGAAAUUGUAAUUGUAUUUAACAAUAUUAGAUAAUAAAUGAAUAUGUUCUAAAAACAAAA